CUUAACAGGAAGUGAACAGCUAGUAAACAUUGUAAGGUUGACUGGCUUCAGCUUCAAUACAUUGACACUGCCACCCGUCUACUACGUCUCGGGGAUCGUGAAGUUGUGACUGAUGAUAUGACUAGUGUGUGAGAUGGUACGACAGGACACACCAGGGUCCACUAUGCCCGACCAGGUGAAGUUUGAGGCCACUGAUCAUGGGCACAGUGUCCUGGCUGGACUCAAACAUCUCCGGGACAAACAACAAUUGUUUGAUGUCAUUCUGACAGCACAGAAUCAGAAAUUUCCAGCUCACAGAGUUGUGCUGGCAUCAUGCUGUCAGUAUUUUCGGGCGAUGUUUACAGACGGGUUGAUGGAAUGUCAGCAGACAGAAAUACAGCUGAACGGCGUCACUGCCACAGGCAUACACAGCCUUAUUGACUUUGCCUACACUUCCAAGAUCCUCCUCAACUUUGAUAACAUUGAGGACAUUCUGCUGUCUGCCAACCAUAUCCAGAUGUUACCCGUGCUCAAGGCAUGCUCGGAUUUCCUCAAAGAUCAUCUCAGUAUAGAGAACUGUGCCAACAUGGCUAACUGGGCUGACCUCUUCUCCUUGACAGAGUUGAAAGUUCAUAUACUUAAGUUCAUGUGUAAAAACUUCGUAGCUCUCUCAUAUUCAUCAGAGUUUCUACAAAUUCCUGCAUCACUGUUACGAAAUCUGUUCUUCUGUAACUACCCUGUAGACUGCUCAGAGGGGGACCUUCUAUCAGCAGUUGUGAUGUGGAUUUGUCAUCAGCCUGAAGUGAGAUUACCUCAAGUCAGUCCUAUUCUAGACGGUGUCCAUUGGGAGAACAUCUCUAGUCAGGAUAUCAACAAACUCUCUCAAAAUGUCACUUUUGAAAAACUGCUGGAGAUAAGUAUGUCUAUGAGAGAUGCCAUAUCCAGAGGAUUUCCUGCUGAAGUUUGUUGCCUGCAAAAGUCAGGUCUGCUUAACACACGGGGCUACAGGAAAGCGCUGGUGUGUGUGGGGGGGUUUAGUCCUCGCAGUGGUAUGACCAAUGAUUUGAGGUAUUGUAUGAUAGGAUCUCGGGUUUGGAAAACCCUCACACAGAUCCCACAUGUUCAGCAGUGUAACUUCGGCCAUGUUGUCAUGAACAAUAUCCUUUAUGUUGUUGGUGGCUGUUUCAAUGACAACAUGCAGGAAAUCAUCCAUAACUACGGGUUUAAGUACAAUCCUGCAACCCACACCUGGAGUUCCAUUUCUCAGAUGAGAUCUGAACGUUGUCGGUUCUUUCUGGCAGAGGCCAAAGGAAAACUGUAUGCCAUUGGUGGAGACCCAUCGGCUAGCAACCCUCUGGCAGAAGAUGCAGCCCCGUGUGAGUGUUACAAUCCAGUGGAUGAUAGCUGGAGUCCUAUCCAGCCAAUGCCAAUAAAUCGGUCACAACAUGCGGGGGUAGCUGUUGGGGAUUUCCUUUAUGUUUCUGGGGGAUUACAAGACAUUGACGAAGAUACCUUCUCUGACUUCUACAAGUAUGACACCAACUCAGACUCCUGGAUUAGUCUGCCCCCAAUGUUGAUGCCACGUGCUGACCACACACUGUUCACACACAAUGGUCUCCUUUAUGUGAUUGGUGGAUGGUAUGAAGAUCUAGCCAAUCAGCAGCGACGUAUGGCAGCAAACAUUGACUGCUUCAUUGAAGGUGAAAAUCGGUGGGAAACAGUAGGUGCUGUGCCCCAGCCUCGCCUAUAUGCCACGUAUUCCGUUGUUGAUGACUGUGUGUCUGUGAUUGGUGGUUGGAUUAAUGGAGACUAUAUGAGGAAGGCUCACACAAUCCAGAUGUAUGAUCUGGUGACCAGAAAUUGGACAGAGGAAGACAGUAAACAAAUAAAGCUAGGGAAACACAGUGUGUGCACCAUGUACCUGCCACAGUGUGAUAACAGCUAGAACA